CUUCAACCUCCCAUCCGUGUUAAUUGGUUCCUUUGUCUCACAGAUCACCAAUUUCAUUGGUUAAAAACAUUGAUUUUUCAAACGCUAUAGAAGUGCAACAGGCGAGUGGCGGCCGAAUGCCAUUCGACAUUGGCACGAUGUCGACGGAAGCGGAGCACGCUCGUCGCGAUACUGGCGAUGCAACUGCCAGUCGAUUGGUGAAGAAGAUCAAGAUUUCUCAGAACGCGGGCGAUGACUUCAAUUCUGCCAGCCCCCGCGUGCGGCUGGAGCACCCGCUGGGCGUGAAGCCUAUUGGCAACUACUUCGAGGACUCCGUCAAAGGCAUCAAGGAGUGUCGCGCGUCAGGUCUAGGCCGUCUGGCAAUGAUGCAGGACAGCCAGCUGCUGUCGCUAUUAAACUACUGCUCGGCCGUGGACCUGGCGAACCUGGCGGCGUGCAGUCGUGCAGCGUAUGUGUACGGCACGCACGACGAACUGUGGCGAGUGCUGGUGCUCGAAGAGAUGGAAGGACAGUUCGAACCCAAGCCGACUUGGAAGGCCACGUACCUGAGGACUAGGUAUGGCGACAAAGUGCAGCUGGAAGCUCCUAUUCGCGUGCAGGGAGUGUAUUCCGACUUGUUGUUCCAGUCCUUCUACUGUUCUGCUGCCCCGAUAGAAGAGGCGUGGCUAGCGGUGGAGAACAUUGAGCGUCGUAGUGCUAAGGACAUGACGGUUGAGGACUUUAAAAGGGACUUUGAAUGUCCUAACAAGCCCGUUAUUAUCACCGAUGCCAUUGAUAAUUGGCCGGCGAUAAACAAGUGGACGGAUGAAUAUUUGGAUGAAGUUUGCAAGGGCAAGACGUUCUAUGCUGGUGGAUUCCAGUUCUCGAUGGAUAAAUACUUCAACUAUUGCCGCACACUACUAGACGACCAACCGCUGUUUGUAUUCGAUAAGGAGUUCGCUGCGAAGGUGCCUCAGCUGGCAAAAGACUACACUGUUCCCGAGUACUUCCAAGAAGACUACUUUGCUCUGCUGGGCGAGGAGAAGCGACCGGACUACCGUUGGCUGAUCAUUGGUCCAAAGAAGUCUGGCUCCAGUUUCCAUAUUGACCCGAACGCUACGAACGCGUGGAACGGCGUUAUCCGUGGCUCCAAGAAGUGGAUCAUGUUCCCUCCUGGCCAAGUGCCGCCUGGAAUUCACCCGAGCGAGGAUGGCAGCGAAGUGUCUUCGCCCGUGUCACUUAUGGAGUGGUUCGUGACCUUCUAUAAGGACGUACAGAAGCUUCCCGCCCACCUCAAACCGCUGGAAGGCAUUUGCCGAGAGGGUGAGACCAUGUUCGUUCCACAUGGUUGGUGGCACACCGUUCUCAACAUCGACGAGAGCGUUGCAAUGACGCAGAACUUCGUAAGUUCUAGCAACGUCAAGAGCGUGUUAGAGUUCUUAACAGAUAAACCGGAGCAGGUUUCCGGUUGCCCAAUGGAACAACGCCCCAAGCUCGGUGGAAUGUUCCGGGAGGUAUUGGUCAGCAAUGUUCCAGAGCUCUACGCCAAGGUGGACAAGGAACUAAAGGACGAGUACGAGCAUAAGCACCGGAAAUCCAAGUGGGAACUUCUUAUCCACGGGGAGGACAAUGAUAAGGAAACGUCUCCUACCGCGUCAAGUGAUCCUACAGCGACUACAGCAAGCAGUGCGAGCACCUUCGGCUUCAACUUUGAGUUGAAUUAGGUCGUUAUUUUUGGUAUUGUAACUGAAAUUUUUAAGUCAUAAAGCACUUUUUCUGAAAAAA